AUGCUGUUGAAAAACCUCAAAGAGGCUGGACCAUGGUCACUGACGGCUCGAGGUUGGACCAAAGCCGAAGAUGCGCUCUACUCGGUGGACUAUAUCGAUUCAUUAGAUAUCCAUAAGCUUUCUUCCUCCCUGUCAAAAAGCGCCAAUUUGGUAUCACCCUGGGAUAUACCGGAGUGUUAUUAUAUGGUGUUCUGGUUUCCUUCGCCACCCAUCAAUAGGGAAAACUACGAAAUUCCAGAUUGGACAAACCCUCAACAUGCCAUCAACAGUUUCAAUACUACUGAGUCGUUGCAGAAUGAAUUGAUAUCCAACAGUGUGAUCAAUAUGACAAUUUCAGCGGUCACAAAUGCAUUUUCCGUCAAUACGACAUGCGAGCCGAUCUCGUAUACGUUUUAUGACGGAUCCUGGAAGGGAACCCCACGAUCAAAAUCGUCGGCAACAAUGACGGGCCCGGCCUGGAGAAUGGUCCUAAUCAAACAGUCAACUCGAGCUUCAACAGCGGCGCGACCGCAAAAGAUCCCAAGGACGUUGAACAUUAUUGGAACCGCAACUUUCUUUACGGGGACCACAACUCGUACUACGCUCGAAAGCCCCAAGUUUGACGGAGAUUGGCAUCUGACGACGUUUCCAUUGGCGAAGGGCAACCGGAAGAAUUCCUCGGCACCGGGUUCUCAAGUCACAGACAUCGCAAGUUUCUGGUGCAAUCUGAACAUCACACCCGUCCACAUCGAUGUGACGGUCAACCAACCCACACGUGUCGUGUUGGGCGAGCAAUCAAUUCUGGCCCUGGCCGUGAAAAGCGUACGAUCGCGACUCCAUCACUGA